AAGAAGAAACUGAAAAUUCUGGAAGUUAAACAAAUAGGAAGAUUAUCUUUCUUUGACAGGGCCACAAGGCCAGUAAAUGAUUAGUAAGCCUCAAGUGGGUGUCUGGUGGGAAGCCGGCCUGGGUGAUAUCUGUAGCAGUGGGAGUCUUGUUUCAUAUGAGAUCCGAGACUCCAGCCCAGCAAUGCCCCGUGGCCUCUGGGAGAGAAGCUUUUGCUUGUGGGGGUCCCUUUUGUGGCUCAGCUUUGGAAAUUCAGGACACGCGCCUCCUGCAGCCCAGCCAAAGUGCACCGACUUCCAGAAUGCCAGCCUCCUCUGGGGCACCAACCUCAAAGUCCAGUUUCUCUUCUUUAGCCCUUCGGACCCUAGCUGUGGGCAGCUACUAGGAAAACUCAGCGACAUCCAAAACUCCGAGUUCAAUGCCACCUUGGGAACCAAGAUCAUCAUUCACGGUUUCAGGGCUUUGGGAACGAAGCCGUCUUGGAUUGGCGCCUUCAUCAGAGCCCUUCUUCGGGCGGCAGAUGUGAACGUGAUUGCCGUGGACUGGGUUUACGGCUCCACGGGCGUGUACUUCUCGGCUGUGGAAAACGUGGUGAAGCUGAGCCUCGAGAUCUCUCGUUUCCUCGGGAAGCUCCUGAUGCUCGGAGUGUCGGAAUCAUCAAUCCACAUCAUCGGCGUGAGUCUGGGGGCUCAUGUUGGAGGCAUGGUGGGACAUUUCUAUAAAGGCCAGCUGGGACGGAUCACAGGCCUGGACCCUGCUGGACCGGAGUACACAAGAGCCAGCCUGGAGGAACGUCUGGAUGCCACAGACGCCCUCUUCGUGGAAGCCAUCCAUACAGACACUGACAAUCUGGGUAUUCGGAUUCCCGUUGGACACGUGGACUACUUCGUCAAUGGAGGUCAAGACCAACCCGGCUGCCCCGCAUUCAUUCACGCAGGUUACAGUUAUCUGAUCUGUGAUCACAUGAGAGCCGUGCAUCUCUACCUCAGUGCCUUGGAGAACUCCUGCCCGCUGAUGGCUUUUCCCUGUGCCAGCUACAAGGACUUCCUUGCUGGGCACUGUCUGGACUGCUUUAACCCUUUCCUGCUCGCCUGUCCAAGGAUUGGGCUAGUAGAACAAGGUGGCAUCAAGUUCGAGCCACUUCCCAAGGAAGUGAGAGUCUACCUGCAGACCACAUCCAGAGCCCCAUACUGCGUGCAUCACAACCUGGUGGAGUUUCUCCUGCAGGAGCCAAGGAAAAAGGACACCAACAUUGAGGUCACCUUUCUCAGCAGCAAUAUCACUUCCUCGGUGAAGAUUACCAUACCCAAGCAGCAGCUCCAGGGCAGAGGAAUCAUAGCCCACCCCAGCCCACCGUGCCAGAUAAACCAAGUGAGGUUCAAGUUCCAGGUCCCCGGGAGAGUGUGGAAAAAGGACAGGUCUACGAUUGUGGGGGAGUUCUGCACUGCGCCCCUGCCCGUCCACGACAGCAAAAACACAGUGUGCUUACCGGAACCAGUGAAGUUGCAAGCAAGUCUGCCUGUCUUUCGUGACCUGAAGACGGCCUGCGUGUAGCGUAAGCCUGGCCAGGAAGCAUCGGCCUGGACAUGUUUGAGGACUGUGUGGUGAGGGAUGUACAGGCAACUUGUUCUAGACCAUUACUAAGGUGGAAGGUCAAACUCUGGGCUGUUUUCCCCGUAAGUAGUGAAGGGAAGAGAGGGCCCAUUGUGCAAAACUUGAUCUCAGCUAUGCAUAGAUUUCUACAUAACUGCAGUUACCCCAUAUUAUCCUGGACAUCUGUACUUAGUAUUCAAUGGAAACAUACACAGAGAAAUGUGGUGUUUUUUUUUUUUUUUAAAUAAAAUAUCAUGGAAUGUC